AUUUGUUAAAGCAGGUCUUUCAGUAGACAAUUUACGUGCUUAUGUUUUAAUGAUAGAGGAAGAAUCUAAAAAUUAUCUCUCUCGAUGGAAUAAGAAAUCUGAUAUUCAAGAUAUUCAUAAAGCAAUGGCAGAAUUAAUUAUUUUAACUGCUUCUCGAUGUUUAUUGGGUGAAGAAGUUCGUUCAAAAGUGGAUGAAUCAUUCGCUCAAAUAUUUCAUGACCUUGAUGGUGGAUUCCAACCAAUAAAUUUUCUUUUCGAUAAUUUACCUUUACCUUCAAAUAGACUACGUGACAAAGCUCAUAUAAGGAUGCGCCAUUUUUUCAUGGAUAUCAUGAAAUAUCGUCGUGAAACUGGAAAAACUGAUAGCACCGACGUUAUGCAGUACUUAGCAACCAAUUGUCAAUACAAAACUGGAAGAAACUUAACUGAUAUGGAAGUUGCUCAUAUUAUGAUUGCGAUGUUAAUGGCUGGUCAACACACAAGCUCAACCACUAGCGCGUGGGCUCUCCUUUACCUUGCGCAGAAGCCUGAACUAUUUGAUAAACUUCGACAAGAACAAAUUGAAGUUCUUGGUUCUCUUGAUGCCCCUCUCACCUAUGAUUCUAUUAAACUGUUAACUCUUCAUGAAAAUAUUGUUCGUGAAACUCUUAGAUUAAGACCUCCAAUUCUUCAUAUUAUUCGAAAAGUUGUUCGUGAUAUGCCAAUCCCUGGAACAGAUUACGUUAUUCCAAAGGAUGCUUAUGUUCAAUGCAUUCCUGCUCUUACUGCGAGAUCUGAUGAAUUUUUUGAAAAUGCUGAAGAAUUUAAUCCAUAUAGAUGGAAAGAUUUUGAUUUACAAAAUAAAGAUCGUGAUGAUGAUCUUGUGGAUUAUGGUUUUGGUGCUCUUUCUGCUAGUGCAAGAUCUCCUUUUCUUCCAUUUGGUGCAGGUCGUCAUAGAUGUAUUGGUGAACCAUUCGCUUAUAUACAAAUUAAAACAAUCCUUGCUAUAUUUGUUAGAACAUUUAAUUUGGAAUUACAUAAUAAUAAAUUUCCCGAAUGUGAUUUUACCACUAUGAUGGUUCUACCUAAAAAGCCUAUG